CUUUUUUGUGGUCAUCGCUUGCUUUGUUUCCUCGAGGCGUACACAAAAUCUGUUUCAGGAUUACUUCAGCGGAUCAAGGAGAGAGGACACGGGCAAGGAUUAGUUCGUCGUUACGCUAUAUACGUUUAAGAUAGCGAUACUGAGAGUAAGUCUACAUUGACGCGUGCUAAGCGCACUGCCCGGUGUGCUAUCAAAAGUCCUGGUUUUGACGGAGUUAACGCUGCAAACAAAAUAAGAAGCAGAAAUGGAAAAGCAAAUAAUACGUGUUCUACUGUUCACUUUAUCGGUGUGUUAUGCGAUUUACUUGGUGCAUGCAUGCAAUGAAGCAAUGUGUGCCAGUGACGUAUCCAAGUGUCAGCUCAUGGAAUCCUGUUCCUGUAACUUCAAAAACCAUUCAUGCAGUCAAAAUUGCUCCCGAUGUCUGGGUCCACUAUACACAGAAUGCUGCGACUGUGUGGGAAUGUGUAAACCACGCAAUUUCUCUCACAAACCAUAUGCCGCUAAAAGUAUAGUAGAAGAUCUUAGAGAAGAAGCUAUCCCAUCACUAUUUGAUGCUUUAACGGAAGAUGGUUACAUUGACUACGACAGCCAAUGGAGUGUGGUGAAGUUUACCCAUCUGGUUGAGACAUUAUACUCCUUCAAACCCCCAAAUAAAGAUGAAGACAAAGCGCUGAAUAAAACUCUUGGCAAAGAAUGUACAGUGGUCUACCUUCAUGAGUGCAUCUCUAUGGAUAAAUGCAGUCUUGCCUGCCAGUCAAUGGGGGCAUCGGCGUAUCGUUGGUUCCAUUCUAAAUGUUGUGAGUGUAUCGGCCAUAUGUGUCUGAGCUAUGGUAAAAAUGAACCUAUGUGUAAAGCCUGUUAGGUUACUGAUCUAUAUAAAUUCCAUAUGCUGCAAUACACUUUGAGAUGUGCACUAUAUGCAAUGGGGAAUCUUUGCAAUGUGAACAAGUUGAACACUAAAUGUGGCUUUAUAAUGCAAUCGAUUGAUAAAGUUAUGCACCAUCUUUCCAAUGCUAGUUAUUGAGUUAAUGCAAAGCUACUUACAAGGUUGUGUCUGAUUGGUUAACAAAUGCUAAUACCUACCUGUCAGACCAAUCAAAGCGCAGCUUGUAUGUUAACAGGUAUUUUCGACGAAUCAAAUUCUGCUUGUCAUACAUACUUUCACUCAACUGCAGUAAUUGUGGAUGUUUUAAAUAUAAAGUGCCUUUAAACAUUGUUUCUAGAGUUUAUUCUUAUUGGUACAAUUGUUGUUUUUUCUUCAGAUUUUCAAGUUAUACAAUAUUCUUUUUUUAUUUUCAAGUACAUUUAAGAAACAGAACCUUUUUUUUUUAACCAAAAUGAACAUUUUAGUUGUUAUAGUUAAUACAAAGGACACAAACGAAUAAAUCUUUUUGUCAAUGUCUGUGAUUAAUAUUGGGCAGCAUCACAAGAUUUUGUUAAGCAGUGCUCUGACAGCUAUUGUAGAUUCUGUGCACAACUAUACAAUCAUUUUUGUGAUACUGUCAGUGACCUGUCAGUGACCUGUCAGUACAGUAUUUAACAGUUAUCCUGUAGUGGAAUUGUACCAACCAGUGAACUCGCAUUUUUAGUUUGCAUAUGUAAAUUUAAAAAAAAAACUCGAAAUUUAUUGUGCAUUUUAACAUGAUUUAGCUAGUGUGAUGAAUUUGGAAAAUAAACCAAGUUUCAAUUGUGAUAGUACAAUAAUAAAAGUAUUUCUACUA